UUCCGCCUCACGUCGACCAUUCCCCUCUUCCCCUCCUAGCCUCCUUCAUCCCAUUCGGAAGAGGAAGGAACAAAAGGUCCCGGACCCCCGAGUCUCACGGGGCGGGACCUGGAACCUCCGUCCAGGUUAGAUAAAGGAGGUUCUUUUCUUAGUGUGGAUUGCUGCCUUUGGUAAGAACAUGUCGUCCAUCUUGCCAUUCACUCCACCAGUUGUGAAGAGACUGCUGGGAUGGAAGAAAUCAGCUGGGGGAUCUGGAGGAGCAGGUGGAGGAGAGCAGAAUGGACAGGAAGAAAAGUGGUGUGAGAAAGCAGUUAAAAGUUUGGUGAAGAAGCUAAAGAAAACAGGACGAUUAGAUGAGCUUGAGAAAGCUAUCACCACUCAAAAUUGUAAUACUAAAUGUGUUACCAUACCAAGCACUUGCUCUGAAAUUUGGGGACUGAGUACACCAAAUACGAUAGAUCAGUGGGAUACAACAGGCCUUUACAGCUUCUCUGAACAAACCAGGUCUCUUGAUGGCCGUCUUCAGGUAUCUCAUCGAAAAGGAUUGCCACAUGUUAUAUACUGCCGGUUAUGGCGCUGGCCUGAUCUUCACAGUCAUCAUGAACUCAAAGCAAUAGAAAACUGUGAAUAUGCUUUUAACCUUAAAAAGGAUGAAGUAUGCGUAAACCCUUACCACUAUCAGAGAGUUGAGACACCAGUUUUGCCUCCGGUAUUAGUGCCUCGGCACACUGAAAUCCUAACAGAAUUACCACCUCUAGAUGAUUACACCCAUUCCAUUCCAGAAAACACUAAUUUCCCAGCAGGAAUUGAGCCACAGAGUAAUUAUAUCCCAGAAACGCCACCUCCUGGAUAUAUCAGUGAAGAUGGAGAAACAAGUGAUCAACAGUUGAACCAAAGCAUGGAUACAGGAUCUCCAGCAGAACUGUCUCCUACUACUCUUUCCCCAGUUAAUCAUAGCUUGGAUUUGCAGCCGGUUACUUACUCAGAACCUGCGUUUUGGUGUUCAAUAGCAUAUUAUGAAUUAAACCAGAGGGUUGGAGAGACCUUCCAUGCAUCACAGCCCUCACUGACUGUAGAUGGCUUUACAGAUCCAUCAAAUUCAGAGAGGUUCUGUUUAGGUUUACUCUCCAAUGUCAACCGAAAUGCUACAGUAGAAAUGACAAGAAGGCACAUAGGAAGAGGAGUGCGCUUAUAUUACAUAGGUGGGGAAGUUUUUGCUGAGUGCCUAAGUGAUAGUGCAAUCUUUGUGCAGAGCCCUAAUUGUAAUCAGAGAUACGGCUGGCACCCUGCAACAGUGUGUAAAAUUCCACCAGGCUGUAAUCUGAAGAUCUUCAACAACCAGGAAUUUGCUGCUCUUCUGGCUCAGUCUGUUAAUCAGGGUUUUGAAGCCGUGUACCAGCUAACUAGAAUGUGCACCAUAAGAAUGAGUUUUGUGAAAGGGUGGGGAGCAGAAUACCGAAGGCAGACAGUAACAAGUACUCCUUGCUGGAUUGAACUUCAUCUGAAUGGACCUCUACAGUGGUUGGACAAAGUAUUAACUCAGAUGGGAUCCCCUUCAGUGCGUUGCUCAAGCAUGUCAUAAAGCUUCAUCACCAAUCCAAUACCAUCAAAAGACUUAAUGUAACAACUCUUCUGUCAUAGUAUUUGUGUAUGGUUCCCAUGGACUGUUUAUUGUCCAGAAAUUCAAGAGAGAAAACAGCACUUGAGGUCUCAUCAAUUAAAGCACCUUGUGGAAUCUGUUUCCUAUAUUCCAAUAUUAGAUGGGAAAAUUCGUGUCUAGAAAUACCCUCCCAUAAAGGAGGAAGAGAAGAUUUUAAAGACUUAAUGAUGUCUUCUUGGGCAUAAAACUCAGUGUCCCAAAGGUUUAUUAAUAGCAGUAGUAGUUAUGUGUACAGGUAAUGUAUCAUGAUCCAGUAUCACAGUAUUGUACUGUUUAUAUACAUUUUUAGUUUGCAUAAAUUAGGUGUGUGUGUGCUGCUUCUUGGUUUAGGCAAGCCUUUAUAAAGUUACAGUACCUAAUCUGUUACUCCCAUUUCUCUGUUAUUUUUGUGUCUUUUUUAAUAUAUAAUAUAUAUCAAGAUUUUCAAAUUAUCAUUUAGAAGCAGAUUUUCUUUGUAGAAAAACUAAUUUUUCUGACUUUUACCAAAAAUAAACUAGUGGGGGAGAAAAGUGGAUUAACUUUUUAAAUCCUUACCUUAAUGUGUUCAGUGGGGUUUAACCAUUCAUUCCUUUUGUGUUUGUUUAUUUACUGCUAAUCUCAUGGAAACCAUACUGAAAAUCUUUCUAAACCUCUUCUCCAUUCCCAUUUUUGUCCUGAUACCAAAACAGAGUAGGAUGACAUCUCUCGCCAGUGAUGGUGCACUGAUAACUGCCGGCUCAAGUUAAUUCUGGGUAUAUUAAAAAUGCAUAUGAAGCAAGUCUCCUUGUCCUACAACCAAAUUUUAAUAGAUAAUAAUAGACUUGUGUAAAUCUAGCAGUCUAUUGGUUUAUUCUUACACCUCAUAAAAAAUGCACAGUGGCAGUAUAAUUAUUUUCAGGGAUAUGCUAGAUAUUUAUCCUUUUCUAAAAGCCUGUCUGCAGGUGUAAAUACCCUGUUUUAAGGUAUUUUAAAAUAUUUCAGCAGCAGACCUUGACUCUUAGAUUUGAGUUGUUUUCAUUUGAUUUAGUUACCAGAUUGUAUUAUGAAAUGGACCUUUUGUAAAUGUAAUUGCUCCUGCAAAAUACCUAGAAAAGUAAUGCUGAGGUAUGAACUGCAGAUAAGGGCCAUCUGUUUUUAAAGUAUGUUGUAUUCAAUUUAUGAAAUCUAUGUUAUUUUAUAUAACUAUGAAUUCAGAAUUAAAAAGUUGGGGGAGAAUCAGUUUAGCCAGUUUUUGUUUGUUUGUUUGUUUUUUAAAGUUAUAAUUACCUGCAGUCUGAGCUGUUCUAAACUAAUCUUAGAUAUGUGGUUGAUGUUAUAUCCAACCAUAUUUUAUGCUUGGCAGUAAGAGAAAAUUCCAGAACUGUGUUUGGUAGUCCAUUAUGCAGCAAAUAAUUCUUAUGUCUGAUGUUAACUCAUUGCAUUUUAAACAUUUUUUCUUGUUUUCAUCUCAGUAGAAAUGGAAAAUAACCACUCCUGAUUCCCUUUUAGUAAAUUUUCAUAUUUUUGAAGAUAGGUAUCUUUGGUACUUGUUCUUCGAAACCAUAUUCACCUGUAUGCACAGGUGUCAUUUUCAAUAUUUUGAGCAUUUGAUUGUUUUGAAUACUCUCCAGUUUCCUAUAUUUGUGUGUAUAUGCAUGUGUUCAUGUCAGUUUUGGCAAAGUAAUUUUUUUUAUUCAUUCCAACAAGUGUUUAUUGUUCACCUGUCAUGUGCCAGGAACUUCCUUAGCCUUUGGUAAAGGUGAAUAAGACAGAUAUGGCCCCUGCUUUUGCUGAGACAGCAGUUAUUUUAACCUUUAAUCAUCUUAUUUGUCAUGAAGGGGUUAAACAGGGUACUGUGACAGAAAAUAACAGAGGGGGAUGCUUCAGAUAAGAAUGUCAGGAAAGGCCUCUCUAAGGAAGUGAGACUUGAUCUAACACCUGACAGAAGGACAAGCCAAAUGAAUACCCAAAAGAGACAGGCAUUCCUGGCAGCAAACAGCAUCAAACACAAAGGAUCAUCUUAAAGGAAACUCACUUAUUAGGUUUCAAUGCUUUAUGUACAAACCUCUAUACAGAUCCAAACUUGAGGAUCAGAAUGGUUCUAUAAUUCAUAAUAUGUUGAAGGUGGCCUUAUUUUGUGAUAUACUGUUUCAUUUGUCAUUCUCACUAAUUUUUUUUCCUCCUCAAACCCUCGCUGCAGAGAUUUGUCAUCUGCACCAGGUCAACACCACUUAACAACCCCUUCUUUAAAUCUCCUUUGGGCAAAUUUUCACCAUUGUAGUGACUAGCUGCUUGCUAUCAGACUUCCUGCUGCCAUCAGUGAAUUACUGCUACUAUGCAUCUUGUGAUUACAGUAAAUAUGUCACAUUUUGCCACCAUCAUACCUACUGGAGAAAACUAGUAGAACCUCUACCACUUCUUUGGAAGUUUUUACUUGAUAACUUGUAGGAAUGUUAAGAAGCAGGAACAACUUUGAAAGUGGUGGAAGGUCGUGGUAGUUACUCUUGGAUUCAUUACAUUAAGUGGCAUUUCAGUAGUGGAGUACAUAUCUACAACUCUGGUGAGAUUUUCCUGUACAAUAUGAAACCAGGACUCAACUCUUUGGAAACACCUGUUGUAUUGAGCAGUUAUUCUUAUGUAACAGUUGACUUCAUAGUGGUGAUUAACAUUUGUGUGACUAUGUUUAAGAAUCAUAUUUUCUUUUUAGUGAGAUGCUGUUUUAGCAUUCCAUUUUGUCUACUAUGACGUACUACUAUCUCAUCCCCCCUGCCCCCCACCCCAUGGAGAUUGUUUUCACUUAAUGAUAGGGGUCUUCUCUGUUUAUUUUGUCUUUUUUUAAAUUAACAGCAUUAUUUAGAAUUUACUCUCUACAGUGCUAGUAAUUUCCUCAGUUUAAUAACAUGAGAAAUGAAUGACCAUGCUUUCUAUCACAUUUCUAAGAUCAGUGACAGUUUUCAAAGUGAGUUCCACAGAGAACACCUAGGUAUAGCUUUGAGGGGUUGGAGGCUGGUGGAGUUCCCUCUGAAUUUGGUCUAACCAGUAGCGUCUUCAUCUUAAUUCUGUAUUGGAGUUCCACCUAAGGUUUCUUUUGAAUAAAAAGUUUCACUGCUUUUUUAAAGAAGUUUGAGAAGUCUUUAAAAUCAUUCGCUAAAAUUAAGAAAUGUAACCAGAUUAAGGCCAGCCUUUUGGAAUACCACUGAUUGUGCUCUUUUCUCAUCUUUAAAGAAGCUUUCCUUAUUCGCUUUGAACUAUACCAAUAGAACAUCUUGGCUAAUUAUACAUUAUGAUAUACAUUCAUUCAGUAAACAUUUAUUGAUGCCUAUUCUUUACCCAGCCACUGUGAUAGAUGUUGUGGUAAAAGAUGCAUAGAAUGUGGUCCUUACUCUCAAGCUGUGCUUAGUCUAAUUACUGUCUCUCUCUCUCUAAGGAUCUGUCACUGCCAGAAAGAAAUUAUCCUAAUUUUUCUUGAAAGGUGAAUGUUCUUAUUCUAUAUUCCAAAUAUAUACUUGUAAAUUGUUUAAUAUUUAGGUUUUUUUAACCUUUUAAACCAUAUCCAAUUUUGCUUGCCUCAUUUAUCUUUUAAACAUUAUCAGAUUUUCUCCUUUUAAAAUAUUAUUUAAAUUCACUUUAUUUGUGCCUUUUGUCAAUUUUCAUCAAGACUAAGACUUGGAAGAUGAAAAACAAUCUCUUGCUAGUUGAAAGCAAACUUUUAAGAGCGUACGUAUGUGUAUGUACACACACACACACACACACACACACACUUGGUUUCUCUACCUCUGCCAAAAGUGGUCCAGAUAUAUCUUUAAGGUCUUUUUUUUAAUAACUAAAUACUUUGAUCAUUUAUUCAAUAUUAGGCAGCCUCCUGAGCUGAGGGUGAGAUGAGUUGAUGGUGUAGUAUAAAAUAACACAAGACAAUCUUCAUUGUACUUAAAUCAGUCUUUAUGUACAGUCUUUGCUUUAAUAGGUAAACAUUCCAAUUUCACAGCUCUUCCCUCUCCCCCGUCUGCCUCCCACCUAGUAUCUUUAGAGAACUAAGUGAUCUGUGGACAUGAGCAAAGAAUGAUCUUUUCUCUUACUCUGAUCUCUAAUGCAUUGAUGUUUAGACUUAUCCAGUUCAUUGCCUCAUUUCUUUCCUUCAUAUGCUUUAUUUUGCGAAAUCCUUUGUAUUCAUCAACUGAAUUUUAUUCUUCCUCUCUUUCUGACAACAUACGUGUACCCUUGUGGUACUUGGUAGUUGCCCUUUCCCCUGCAAAGUGUGUUUUAUCUGCAUACAUCAGAAUGUUUCUCUCCUUGGAACUUUCCUAAUGACCAAAAAGGGGGGCGCUUUUUCUGCCCAGAGUCAAUCCUGAUUUCUUCCCCAUGAGGAUUGAUGUUGUUCAGAUUGGUCAACCACUUAAAUCUUACAGUAAGUGACUCAGAAAUUCUAUCCAGUGGAAUGUCUUUGUAACUGGCAAAUAGCAUAAACCAUUAGAUUCUAUUUUAAAUUAUGGUUAGGAUUAUGAACUUCUCUGGCAAUUGUAGCCAAUGAUUUCCCUAUUAUACUAGCCCUAUUUCUGUCUUGGGGCAUAUUGAAUUGUAAUCAAGAGUAAUGAUGUCAGAGUGUUUCUCCAGAGGUAGUCAGCAACUGCUAUUGAGUUCCUUUUAUAUCUUCCUUUUCAAGUUUUCAUGGGUGUGUUGUUUGUUCAUAUUACCUUUUAUGUGUAGAGAAUGGGGGGCAAACUCGUGGAAUGGAAUUCCUGUGUUCUGACCAUCUCAACCAGGAAAUGUGAGCUAUUCUAGAUAGCCUCAUGAUAGCUUUUAUGAUAAGAACUUGUCUAAUGUGUUCACAUAAUUUCUUGAGUCAGAUUUGUUUUACCUUGGAUAUUAUAGCUAACUAUAUAUAUAUAUAUAUAUAUAUAUAUAGCAGAACUGCCUCAAAUCUUUCUAGUAGGAAAUAAAAUAUAUAAUGUGUGUAUAUGAAUUUACAUAUAUACCUAUACACUCAGAAGAACUAAUAGGGGUCAUUUUAGGAGUGGUGAAUCAGUCAGUUGUUUAAAUCUCAGAUCUCAGUAAAACAUUCUUAAUUUGUUUGCAGACAUUUUCCUUUCAUGGACAGAAAUUUAUCAGAGUAAUUUUUUUUUUCUUUUGGGUAAUUCUGCCAGAGUGCUAAUUUGGCAGUUUAAUUAGUAUACCAUUUUUAGGCAGGUUGACAACUAAGAAGGAUAACUGGAAUUUGUUAACAUGAAAUAAAGCUCUGCCGUAUACCCCUCCACUAAAUCAUACAUCCAGUGGUCCCUGGAAGGUACUAACUUAGGGUUAACUUUUUUUGUUGUUUUUCCUGCUAGUGUAAGUAAGGUUGCUGCUUUAAGAUACCCUGGGAAGUACCACUACCAAGUCAAGUUCUCCUUAUUUAAGGAUAACCUGAAGGUGGUUCACACCUGACUUAGCUGUGGUUAACACAAAGGAACUUUCCCGGGUUCUUUGGGCCAUCCAUGACUCACAGAGCAAGCAUCUAGCCAGAGCGUAUUGGCCUAAGGUAACUUCAGUGUCACUGUGUUUGCUGCCUUGAGAACCAUAAUGGAUACAGAAUUUCACCAUGGGUUGAGAAGUAAAGACCUCUUGGAAGAAUAAUGCUGCUGCCAUGGGAGUGAGAAGAGUUCAUUAACUCCACACAAAGGACUUUUAAUUUUUCUAUGAAAUUUCAAGAAAAGAAACAUUCUCCUACCCUUUCCCCCAAAAAAAGAACUCUUAGUUUCUCUAAAAUUUGCAGUUUGCUCUUUGGGGUGGGAGAUGGGGGUGUACUUCUUGUUUCUAAUUAACAAAGAUAACUUAUUGAACAAACAAAAUCCAUAAUAUAUUGAUUUAAGGACAAAAAUGAAGUUUUAAAAUUAUAAAAAUACUUUUAUGUAUUUUCCAAUUCAUACCCAACUGCUCUCCUUUCUCCCUGUGGCUUCAAAGUUUUUGGCUCUUUUACAGUGAUAGUCACUAGGUAACCUCCCAUAUUACUGGUUCUGCGUUAAGUUCUACUCUUUAUAAUGCCGUAGCAUAAAGUUGAUUUUCAACAUUUGACUGUAGGAACAGAAGUCGUAACUAAAGUCUUUGUUCUUUCUCCCAAAAAGACUUUUUUUUUUUCCUCAAUAAGUCCCUAAGAAAAUACGUUUGCCAUUCAUUACUCAUAUUCGUGGAUUGUUCAAACUGAAAAAAAGUUUUGGUAAGAAAGGUGAAUAUAUGUACCUACAUUAAGAAUGUAGUCAUUUGUUGGUUUAUGUAACUAGUAUAUAGAAUGAUUUAAACCAGGAGAACUAAUUAUCACCUGCAGCAAAUAGGUAACAUUCAUGAGUUUUGGCAAAAUGCAGAACUCAAAAUAACCAACUUUACCUCAGGUUUUAUUUUUACUUUUUUACCCUAACUUUUAAGGCAAAAAUAUUUAUAUCUUUAUUAUUGACAGUAAAGCUGUAACACUUUUAUACAAAAGGGUAAGAAAAAGAAAAACUAGAGAUGAAGAUGGAAGCAGUCUUGUAGUUGUUGAACUAGAUCACGGCACUGUGGGCAAAAUAAAAAUGUUCAUAUCAGAAUAUUCUUUUUGCCAUCUUUUCUCAAGGCCAGACUUGCUCAUGGAGCAUGGUUAAAAUUAACGUAAUUCUGAGGCUUUGUUAUCUGAGGGAAAUAUCUCCAGUUGGCAGUCUUUUCAGUAUGAAGCAAGGAUGUGGGAAAUAGUUGGCAUAGAAUAUUUUCACCUAAAACAAAGAAUGUGAAAAGGCAUACAAAACGGGAUUAUUCAUUUAGCUCUGAAAAUCUCAACGGUAAAGUAAAACACUAUAUGACUGGACAAAACCAGAAGAACCUCUGGCUAAUUAUCAGACCAGUUCCACUUUAGAAGAUUUGUCUGAAAACAGGUGUUGAGGGUGAACUUUUACAUGCUGCUCAUUGUUUUGCUUCUGUACUCCCAAGUGUUCUUAAAAUUGACACUUUUAUAUUUCUGGACUUCCGGCCUUUUAAGCAGAAAUUAUGGAGGAACUAGGCAUUACUAAAAAUUUGGGGAGUUGAUGCCCUUAAAGGUAGCCUUAUGCUCUUGAAAAGCCUUGUUUUCUCUAGCAAUGCUAUGGAAGGAGUGAGUGGUAUUCUUAGGGUGGCCAACUGUUCUGUUUGACCUGCGACUGGGGUUCCAAUGCUAAAUUGAGGAAUGUGGCAGGCACAACGGAGGAGUUGAUUACCCUAGAUGUUCUUGUGUUUUACCCUCACUCCCUUACAUUAUAUUAGUUGGGACUAAAUUUGUUUGCUCCAUGGUUAUCAGCAUUUCCAAUACUUACUGGGAUAUGUGCCCUCUAAUCACUUGAUAUGUUGAUAAGAUUUAUAACAAAUAGACCAAAGGCACUUGGUGAUCCAGGCAAGGUAACAGAUGGUUUAAUGGAACAGAGAAGAGGCAACUAGAUAGCUAAGUUCUUCAGAAUAUGUAUGUAUAUGUAAGUACAAAUCAUAUGUCCUUAAUGGGUUAAAUUUAAUCUGAAAUUUGAAUCUUUCACAGUAAAAGAAAACUAAGUAUGAUUAAUGAAUUUCUUCUCUGUUGAGGGAAAGUAGGACCUUUGGCGCUCUAGUCUCUCCUACAUUUCCCAGACUUUCUGUCUUGCUCAAGAAGCCAGAAAGUAGUAGUGUAUUUUAUUUUCAGUGAAUGUUGUACUGAAAUUAUUAAAUGCAUUAUCCAAUAGCCAGGUGAAGGAAUUGGUUGUCCUUAUACGGAUCGAGCAGUUGCUCUAAAUUCUUAUAGCCUCAAACCUCCAUUACCAGCUAAAACACCGACCGUGGGAGGUGAGAAUUUUCUAGUGUGGCAUUAAUUUUGUAAUGCAAUCUGAUGGAUGCAGUGUCUGUUAAUGUUUUCCUAUGGUGGUUCUUGGUGACUGCAUCCUCUGUGCACUGUGAUAUAGAUGUGUUCUUUGUAAGCUUUAAUUGUAUGAUUGUCAAAAGUAUGAUGUGGUUCUUUUUUUUUUUUUUUAAAUUAAACAAUGAGCUGAGGCUUUAUUGUAGCUGGUUUUCAAGUUAAAAUAUUGUGAAAUACUGACUUCCUUCCCCCCACCCACACCAAAUAUUUUAGUCUAUUUAAAGUACAAAAAAACAGUUGUUCUGCUUAAGAAAACAUUGCUUAAAUGUCCUGUGAUUUCUGGUCAAUUUUUAUAUAUAUUUGUGUGUCUAUGUAUGUGCUUUCACUUUUUACCUUGUUUGCUCUCAACCUGUGUUAACAGUACUUUCACCGUUGAAAGGUGACUUCUUUCCUAGCAUUAAAAAAAGCCAUUUGAGUUGUUUACUAUGUUA